UGGGGCAAGGGGAGGCGGAUUCGCCGCCGGCGGCAGAGAAGAAAGGGGCGGAGGAGGAGGAGGAUGAUUUUGGCUACCGGCUCUUCCCGGACCGGAAUAAGAAGCCACAGAGCUUCCUGGUCCGCAGCCUCUUCACCUUCCACAACAAGUGCCAGCUGAUGCUGAGGCUGACCCUGGAAACGAAUGAUUUUCAAAACUUUUGUCUAGAGAAAUUGAUUGCAGCAAUGUUUUUCUAGAUCCGUAUGCUCGACUUCUUCUUGAGGCUCUGAAGCAAUCUGGUUGCACUGUCUUCAAUGACCGGCACUUUUCUUGUGAAAACUGUGAUGGCUGUGUCAGUGGGGGUUUUGAUGCUGCCACAUCUCAGAUUGUUCUGUGUCAGAACAACAUUCGCCAACAAUCCCAUAUGAACCGGGUGGUCACACAUGAAUUGAUUCAUGCAUUUGAUCACUGCCGUGCGCAUGUUGACUGGUUUAAAAAUGUCAAACACUUAGCAUGUUCAGAGAUUCGAGCUGCUAAUCUCAGUGGAGACUGUACUUUGAUGAAUGAAAUAGCCAGGUUUAAAUUUGGAUUGAAAGGGCACCAUCAGACUUGUGUACGAGACAGAGCAAUUCGUUCCAUUCUGGCUGUUAGAAAAGUUAGCAAAGAAACAGCAGAAAAAGCUGUGGAUGAAGUUUUUGAUGCCUGCUUCAAUGAUCUGGAACCUUUUGGAAGAAUCCCACACAGCAAGGCAGAUGCAAAACGUGCUUACAGAGACUUUCAGAACAGAGAUCGCUAUACUGCUAAUUUGUAAGGGUGGGGGCGAAAGCCACAUGAGAAAUUACAUUAAUAUCUGAUUGUUCAAUAACAUCUGGAGUUGUAGUCUAUGCCCACAGUGCACAAGGAAAGGGCAAAUCUAUCAAGCAUAUUAAUUAAUUUUUUAGACAUUUUUCGUGAGCCAACUUCCAUGGAAGUAAAUGGGGUAAAUGAACAAGACUAAAAACGGUGCUUGCUCACCUGUUAUUCCAGAAAGAUAAUUUAGUAUGCCAAAUGACUCGUCAAAUACAAUUCAAUGUGCUUUAAAUUUUUUCACUCUGACUGACUAGGACUUGGUUUCUAAAAUUUUGUUGCCACUGAAUAAAUCUUUCCAUAAAAUCUUCAUGUUUUUCCUGUCUUCGAUACACAGUAAUGAACUUGAUAAUCUUCAUCACUUUAUUUUAAAAGAUGGGCACCUGAACUACAGCUCUGUGCUCUAGAUUUAAUAACUAUGGGUAAACCCAAAAUUUAGGAACUGCCACAUUUGCUGCUCAUGUCCUUAUUGUCUGGUAUUGGAGGACCAGGCAUGAUGAUCAGUGUUGCCUUCUCUUGUUCUGUCUUCCAAAAUGUUUUGUGACAACAGGACUGUCAAUGUAUGAAGCUUUUUUGGGCAAUACAUAAUUUGACUGUAGUGGUGCAGGAGACUCUAGUGAGACUUGAGCUGGAGCUGCAAUGAGUCACUGAACUGCUCAGGAAGGGAAAUGUCAGCACAUGCAUCAAUUUCAAGAGCCUGACAUGCUGCAGCCAAAAUGGGGAAGUAAUCCCAAGUACCUCCAGAAUUUGGCAGCCUUUGACAGGGCCUACAGUCUUUGACUGUAGACUUGGGCUCCUGCAAUCCACCUAUUUAUUUCACAUGCCUACAACGUUUUGGAUUUGACCAUCAUUCUGUAAUUCCCUCCCGGGAAAUAUUCAGUCACGUAAUAAGUCUCCAACCCCACUGGUCCUGCUUCUAAGGUGUCACUCAGGAACAAGGUGCCUGAAGGUGACAACAGUGAAUACAGCCUUUUCCUGAUCAGCAGCAUCACUUUGAGAAGAUUAAAAUGUAAGCACAGUCCUCACAAAGCACAGAGCAGAACAGACACAAAGUGCCUGAGAGAGCAGAUCAAACCUGAAUUGCCUGAGUUCUGUUUGUGUUGGACUGUGUGUGGGUUGCAUUUAUUUCCAGGUGUAGCAUAAUUCAUACCUACAGGAACCAUUGCUUCUGGGGCUAAGCAUUGAUGUAGAUCCCUCACAAAGUCAUCCCCAUUGUACUGGAGGAAGUUAGGUCUUGACUAAGAUUCUUCAAACCUGUGCUUUCAGUUUUCAGAAUUUCAAAUGGAAAUUUCAUAAUCUUAUUUUUCUGGGGUAAUUCAUCAGUGACUGACAUAAUCUUAUGGCUGAAUAUCUGAACAGAAAAAAAUGGGUAUAAUAACCUAGAUACCUCUGGAGAAAAUUACACAUUGAGUUCUAGGCUUCCCAUUAUCCAUGCAGUCUCUAUAGACCUGCAGUUUCCAAAAUCCUCUGAGGAUCAGAGAUGCCUUGAAAACUGCAUAAUAAUAUGUGUUGAUAUUCCCUUAACCUUUACUGCUCUUCAAGUCACUGUUUUAGUCAGUAUGAUGUAUGAUGCUGUGUUUUUUUAUAGUUCUGCCAUAUUUUGGCAGAUAAUGCCUUCCCUUCAUUAUACCUUAUUAACCAAAGUUCUGCUGUAAUGAAUGUGUGUGUGUUUGCAUUUAUAUUGUAUUUUGACCAAUACAUAUUUUGUAUAUAUACAUUUGUCUUCUAUCUGGGAUAAGCUUUAUGAAGUCUACUUAGAAAUGAAAAAUAUACCAAUAAAAACUAGAAAAGGCAA